CAUUCAGUUUGAGCCCUCCAGACAGGGGCCACAGACCAGAACCCAAAACACAAGAGUGGGCUCAAGUGAUAGCAUUUUCACUGAUAUGAGGACAGAAGCGGACUAAGGUUUUUAUGAAUGUACACAGCAACUUUUGGACUGGGACAAAACAAAGGGUGAUGAUGCUGGGCUGGUGGUGGUGGUCUUUCUUUGCCGUGGGGGUAAGUCUCGUCUCUCCAGUGCUCUGCCAAAGUGGAGAUGGAGAAUGGGGGUCUGGCCUUUACAUGGACUCUCCAUUGAUGGUCACCAAUGGCACGUCUCACACCGUUGGGGAUGAGCCUGCAAGGACAACAAUUAACCCAAAAUCAAUCACCCUAAAUCAGCCACCAUCUCCUGCCCCUACCCUCCUAUAUGAACCCCAACCUGAUAAAUGUUCUGUGUACUUCAGCACCAAAACCUCUGCAAGGCUUAAAGCAUACCAAGAGGAGAUGGCAUACCUACAAGCCAUUCAACACGGGAACAGAGCAGUAAUGGACAACCUUGUUCAAUACGUGGGGGCGGAGCUAGGGCAUCACAAUUAUGAAGAUAUUAUUAAGGAGAAUAUCAUUGGCAUUCAAGAAGAGCACAAAAGCUGCCAUGAGACGGUGGAGAAGGCUGAGGAGGACCUGAAGAAGCAGCUGGAGGGGGAGGCACUGGGCGCUCUUUCGGGGAUGCAGAAAGUCAGAGAGGAGUCCUUGGCCUUUGAAGACAUGCUUUCUACAGCAGCCGACAUCGCCAGUCGACUGGAGAGCUCUGCCCAGGCUCUGCAGGUUGCAUUCACCAAGAGGCUGAAACAUAUUGUCAACACGCAUCAGUGAGAACACCCCCAGCACCAAACUUUUGAAUAAACAUCAGCAUUUUGAAAAGCAGGUUCCCAAGACAAGCACAAAAUUUUUGUUUUUGUUUUAAGGGUUCACGGCUCUGUUCUUUUCGUUUUGUUUAUUGUAAAAACAUCCCUUUCAUUUGUAAUGCUUAAGUGCAUGUUCCAUCUCUUCUUCUGGAAAUUGGUUGGGUCAGACUGUGCAGCGGUAAGGGGCGCAGGUUUAUGCCAAGCCCAGUGUUUAUGGAUCAUAGCAGAUUGGCCCUGAGAGACCAACUGUAAUGACUGUGUUAGACUUGUGCAGACGAAGCUAUGGAUCAGCCAUCUGGUUACAGGGCGAGGAUGGAGCAAGCAGCCCUCUCAUCUGUGAUUGUGGUGUGGGUAAAAGGGGCAAUUUUCCUCCAGGCAUUUGGCCCUACACUGAAGAACCAAGCCUGUGACAAAAUGUGUAUAUUGUGGAGCAUAAGAGCUAUAGCCAAUUGUAUAAAUGAAGUGUCCUUAGGCCCAUGGUGCACACAGUGACCCUGUACUCUUUACAGGGUCAGGACACACAGCAACAACAUUAUUA